UUCCGGGAACGCGGGAGUCUCCGAUGCCCGGAGAGUCGCUAUGGGGGUCCAGGGGGCUUCCGGGGCCCGCUUCGGGGCUGAGGCGCUGCCUUAGGCCGCACCGAGUCGCCCCCACCGCCUUCCCGGCCCAGGCGCAGGCUUCCCGUAGCGCCCUCGACAUGGGGGAACCCGAGGAGAUUGUGCCCGAUUCGGGUGCUGUGUUUACGUUCGGAAAAACUAGAUUUGCUGAAAAUGUUCCCAGCAAAUUCUGGUUUAAAAAAGACAUACCUAUAUAUCUUUCAUGUGGAGAUGAACAUACUGCUGUUAUUACAGGAAAUAAUAAGCUUUUCAUGUUUGGCAGUAACAACUGGGGUCAGUUAGGAUUAGGAUCAAGAUCGACUGUUAACAAGCCAACGUGUGUCAAAGCUUUAAAACCGGAAAAAGUGAAAUUUGCUGCCUGUGGAAGGAACCACACCCUAGUUUCAACAGAAGGAGGCAAAGUAUAUGCCACUGGAGGAAAUAAUGAAGGACAGCUGGGACUUGGUGAUACUGACGAGAGAAACACUUUUCAUCUAAUUAGUUUUUUUACAUCCCAGCAUAAGAUUAAACAACUCUCUGCUGGGUCUAACACUUCAGCUGCACUGACUGAGGAUGGAGAGCUUUUCAUGUGGGGCGACAAUUCUGAAGGACAAAUUGGUUUACAAAAUAUAACUAAUAUUUGUGUCCCUCAUCGAGUGACCAUUGGAAAACCUAUCUCCUGGAUCUCUUGUGGAUAUUACCAUUCAGCCUUUGUAACAACGGAGGGAGAACUGUACACCUUUGGAGAAUCUGAGUAUGGGAAGUUAGGUCUUCCCCAAAAGCUGCUGAGUAAUCACAAAGUGCCACAGCUGGUACCUGGAAUUCCUGAGAAGGUGAUCCAAGUAGUUUGUGGUGGAGGGCACACGGUUGCUCUCACAGAGAAUGCCGUGUACACCUUUGGACUGGGACAGUUUGGUCAGCUGGGUCUUGGCACUUCAAUUUUUGAAGCUUCAGAACCCAAAGUCAUUGAGAAUAUUAAGGAUCAGAAAAUAAGUUAUGUUUGCUGUGGAGAAAAUCACACAGCUUUGAUAACAGAUUUAGGUCUUAUGUAUACUUUCGGAGAUGGUCGGCAUGGGAAAUUAGGACUUGGAAUGGAGAAUUUUACCAAUCAGUUCAUUCCCGCUUUGUGUUCUAACCUUUUGAAGUUUACAGUACAGUUGGUAGCUUGCGGUGGAUGUCAUAUGCUAGUUUUUGCCACUCCACGAGUUGAUGUGAUAGAAGGUGUUGAGUUAGAUGAAAUAAACGAUUGCUACUCACCUUCAGAUACAUCUCUGCCCAUCAGUGAUCUGACCUCAGGAAACAUACUGCAGAGAUCUUUACCAGCACGUGUGCGGCGAAGAGAGAGGGAGAAAUCCCCAGACUCUGUUCGAAUGACAGGGACACUACCUCCAAUUGAAGGGACUCUUGUACCACCCGUUUGUUUUUCACCUCGUCCAGUUCCUUGCUAUAUGUCUGCAACUAAUCUGCUAGAGAAAAUGAUGCCUAAUGAGGAGAGCCCUAUGCAGCCAAUUAAACCAGAUUAUUUUCAACAUAAAAUGACCAAAGGGAAAGAGACAGACAAUUUUUCAGCAGAGGAUUCAGAAAGCCUUGGAGAAACUACUGAUGUCUUAAAUAUGACACAUAUGAUGAGCCUGAAUUCCAAUGAAAAAUCAUUACAGUUAUCACCAAUUCAAAAACAAAAGAAACAAGAAACAAUUGAGCAACUGAAGCAGCAUACAGCUCAUACUGAAAAUGCUGAUAGGAAUGAAUAUGAAAGUGAAGAGAUGUCCAAAAAAGUGAAAGAAGGGAAAAUAUAUGAACAACACUUGGCAAAAGGAGUGUACGUGUUGCCAGCGGCUGUGAUUAUGGAGUCAUUUUCAGUUGAGCAUGUAGAGAUCCUAGAGGAGCAGGAAGGAGAAGAUGAUUCAAAAAGAAGAGGAAUAGAGGAGCAAGAGAUAGAGGCAAAUGAGGAGGUGCCUGGAGAAACAGAGGAGGAGGAAGCAGAGCUCCUGUUAGAUGACCUUACAGACAGAGCAGAGGAUCACGAAUUUUCAGAAGGUGAUGAGCCAGAAGACGUGGAUGAGGAAACUGAGGAAUAUCUAGAAGGCGAGAAGAAAGCCACAGGAGGCAAUGGAAGUGUUCCUGCAGAUGACCACAGUGAAACCGACAACUCAGUUAAAAAGGACAAAAAAGCCAACCAAGAGGAACCAGCCAUUCAUGAAUACAAUGAAAAUCCAAAAGGAAGUAUGCAUGAUCAUGCAAAGAGCAGUUCUUCAGAAAUCCUGGAAGACAGUGAAUCAACACCAAGUAAAGAUAUAAAAAAAUCAAAGAAGAUUUUCCUCUUUAAAAGGAUUUCAUUGACGAGUCAGAAAAGUGUGCAGAAUAAUAAUGAGCCACUCUCAGAGAUAAAACCAGUAGGAAAUCAAAUAGCUUUUAAAAGCAAUGAGAGAGAUGCCGACCAGAGCCACAUGGGGCAAAAUCAUCAGGAUACUUCAUCCCCAAAUAUGGAGAGAAGGUCAAAAUCUUGUACAAUGCUAUGAAUAUGUUUAUGUUUUCAUGGUCACCGAGCACAUUGUAAUUUAUACUUGAAAAACAAUUUGAGUUCUGAAGGAAAGUUUCUGAUAACAAACUUUUAAAGAUAUAACAUAAGAAUAUGUUUGAUUUGGUUUGAAUAGUACGACCAGUUUUGAUAUUUAUUUAAAUGCUGUUAUUUUUGACAAGCAAUUUCAGAAUAUGUGUAUCUCCAACUCUCCUUCAAGUGUUGUGGCCUUAACUGUUCAGUGUUGCAAUAUGAAAUAUAUUUUUAUAUGUGAAAGUUAAAUUAAGAUAUUUCAUAGUUUUUACUAAACAAUUUUACAUCUUUAUAAUUUCAUCAGGCAAUCUCCUGACACUGUAACAGUUUUUAAUGUAUUUGCAAUUUUCAAAAACUGAGUCAAAAUUGUUUUUAAUGAACAUAUUUUAAUAAACUAUAUCUGGUCGGUUCCACUGUUUAAAUGGGUGAAUAUGGAGAAAAUUUGGAGGUAUUUUGAGUUAGCAGCUGACAAAACAGGGGCAAAAAAAAAAUCUAAUUUUAAAAUAUUGAAAGGCACAAAAUGCAAUUACCUUUUUGUAAAGA